AGAGUCCUCGGUUCUGUCCAAACAGACCGCGAUCACUUAGCAGUCAGUCUGUCGGAGCGCCGAUCGGUGCUAAACUAAUUCAUGUUGUUUUUCUAGCCACCCGUCCCUUUAAACUAGACUAUUUUCUCGAAGAAUGAGCGAUAACGAUGAUAUCGAAGUCGAUAGUGACGUGAGUAUUCCCACUUUUGGCUUUUUAUGGAUGUUAUUCAGCCAGCUGGCGAUUUAGCUGAGCUAGCGUUAGCCUCCAGUAAGCUGGGCUAGUUUUGCUUUUCUGUCUGAUUAUUUCUCGUCGGGUUUCUUGUUAAGAAUAAGAAAAAAUGAAUUUUUAAGCUCUAUGGCAUUGGUUAUCUAUUAAAUUGUACGACUUAUUGAUGACUUCAGCGAAACAGUAAGAUUUGCUGAUAAAUUUUGGCUACAAUUGUACUUUUUGUUCUGUUUCUUUGCAGGAAGACUCACCGAGAUAUCACUCUGUGGUGCGUAAUGCUGGGGGGGUUUGUCCAAUGUCGAAACAUGUUUCACUGCUGCUGCAAAGUUGAUUUAUUCACCACCUACUGCCUAUUUUAGACAUUGCUGUUUUGAACGCUUCGGUAAGGUGUACUGUGGGAGGUUUAUGUAACUCCAAAUGUGUGAAAGUCCUGCUUUCUAUCAUUUUGGGUCAGCUAAAAUUGUGUUUUAAUUUGAUAAAAUGCAAGAUAAAAUAACUAUUUUUUCCCUCAUAUUGGGUGCAUUUCUAAAAUUGCUGCAAUUGUUCCUUAGUUUACGCGCUAGCAGUGCAUUGCAGGGUAUCCCCCAUCCUGUGCGUACGCGGCCAUAGGGAGACGGUGACACGACAUCUAUAUUUAGACCAAAGCUUUAUCCUGCUGCAAAAGCCCUUUUUCUUACAUGGGAAUUAUUUUUUCCGCUGAAUACAAAGCCUUCUGUGCACGGAGGUUGUCGCUUUAGUCCUUUCCCUCGUCGAUUCACCCCACACACCACGGGGAUUCCGCUCGUGAUCGGGUUUUUUUGUGCAAAUUACACAUCUAGGUCAUCCCGGUAAAAGAAGCCAGUUUACAUUGGCACUGCAUUCGUGAUGAUGCAGGGGGAAAAUAAGGUGGAUAAAGAGGCUGUUGCAUGUGUGGAGGAGGUGGAGUGGAGUAGCCGCGCCUGCAUCUCGGGCAAGCCUCCGUGUCAGGAAGGCGUGCUGCGGGAUGUUUUCCUGUGUUGCAGCCAGUGAUUAGAGCCAUCUCCUCUCUACAGGCCACUGAAGGGCUGGCAGCCUCAAUGAAUGACGUAUAGCAAGCUGCAUCGCAUACUGGCCAGAAAAACACCCUGCACAGGACGUGUCUGAUGCACAGGCUGUAUGACAGGACGCCCUACCUCCGUGUAGAUAAACAGGAUUUAGAUGCAGGAAGGGAUUAGAGCGGCAUCAGUGUUACAUUUCAGGAUAUACAUUAGAGAUAACUUGAUUUAAAGAGUUUCUCUGCACAAACACAGCAUGGCUUUGGCACAGUCGUGAGCUCAGAUGCAGAGUCACAUGAGCAGCUCAAACCUGAUUUCAGCUUAUUUAAUGUCAUUACAGAAGCUAUAAGUAUUAAUAUGUCUGUUCCUUUAGCUGUCUGUGCCCCUCAUAGUCAGGCUGUCUCUCAGGUUACAGAUUUAAAAUCUGCAUUUUCACACACAAGGCUAAGGGUUUACAGGAAAUACAUCUGAAUGUGAUUUGCAACAAGGUUGAACUUUUGCAACUGCUGGUGAAGAAACUGCAUAUUCUCACAGUUGCAUUCAAGAAAUUCCACGAUUGGGUUUUCAAAAUUGCACCUUUUCAGGUUGAAGUGUCAGGUUGAAAAGGCUGCUUCAUGCACAGAAGCACAGAAAUUAAAACCUUGAACCUCUAAUGGCGGGAACAUUGUGGCACACGUUGAAUAGGUCUCCAGGCGUAGAUAGCAGGAUAGAAUCAGAAUAUUGUGUCACAAAUUGAGCACGAAAUUAGAUGUGGAGUAUGGAUCCUGAUGAAAAUUUUAUUAUAAAGAGCCAAACAUAGCAGAUCCGGUUGCUCUAACAGUUAAGAUAAAUCUAGUAUUAAAGUUUAAGGAUUUAGCUGGUCAACUGUGAGGUUUAGCUGUUUGUUUUUAAGGUUAAUUGCUUUAGAUGUGACAUUAGAAAUCGUUUUAUUGAGCAGAUAAUUAAAAAUCAUUAAAAUCAGCCAAUGAAAAUGACAGAAAAUAGACUAAUAAAAAACUAUGGCAGACACAGAGUAACAAAUAUACAACAGCAUAAUGUAAGUGCAAUGCUGUAUAAUUAAAAUGUGUUAAAUUUAGUAGGCAGUCGUAAGCAAGUAAAUCUUGAGCAUGGAUUUGAAAUUUGAUGCAGACCUGACAUUUUCUGAAAGUUUAUUCUAGAUAGUUGGAGCAUUGACUGCAUGUUGCUCACUCUUUCUGGUAAAUGUGAAGCUACAGUUGCAGGAUAAUCUACUUUAAACUUUUGAAACUUUCUCUUGAUAAGUGACCUAUCUUAGUAAUAAUAGCCAAUGAUUUUAAAGUGGCUUAAAUUCUUUAGCUCUGCCUCUCAGUCCACCUUUACAGCAGGAAAGAGCCUGCUGUCCAUCGUAUACUUUCUAUACCUCCUAAUCACCUGCUUCAGCCACGGUCUUAUCGCUGUUUCCUCUGUUAUUAGAGCACCAAGGUUUUCCAUCAGCCUGUCAAAAGUGUAGGCUUUCAUGCAGAGAAUGCAAACAGCUAUCGUUAGCCUGGAAGCAGCUAGGAGCUCUGAGAUUACCAGCUCUUCCAGUCGGCACCUGGAGCAGUUAUGUAAUAUGUCAUGGUCAGGUAUGAAUAGAGUUGACUGAGCCGCUCAGCUGGUGUGGCGUCUCAGGCAGCAGGUAUCAGUUUUAUGAUGAACUGAUAAUGGUUGCACUGACGUAAUUGGACACCUGUUUUUUAUGGUGCUUGAUGUGCUCAGCAGCUCAGUCAGUAUGGAACAGGGGUGGUUUUUGAGUGGUUACAUACCACUUUAACCUCACCUCACACAGCCUACAAGCUUAACUUCAUUAACCGGCCCAAAACACAGCUGAACAGUACUGCACUCUGUGUUUGUUUACAUCCAGGUAGUAGAGCAGUAAAGCAAAAAGGCAGGAGCCAUUAAUAGAAAUAUUUUCUUUCUUUAUUGGAUUCUAACAAAUAAACAAAAUUUGAUCUCAUUUACAAAAUAAUUUGAUCCUUUUUUUGGACAUUGAUGUAUAAUCUGUUUAAAAAAAAAUAUUAUGGCCCUCUUUUGUAAAACAGUCCACAUACUGACACAUCUAAUCUGGUGGUCUGUUUAAAUUCCAAAACAGCCCUCACAAAAGCCUCUUGAAUAGUUGUAGUUUGUAGCAUUUCUUGUACAUUAAGAAACCAGUUCUUGGAAAUAAACAAAUAAACCACCUCACAAAAAUAGCAAUGACACGACAAAAUGUCACUGAGUUUAAAAUGAAAAGGAGUAGAGUUGAACUCAGUGGUAGUGAAAAUGCGAGUUUCAUGACUCCAGCUGUUUCAGUUAAGUUUGCUGUAGAGUGAUAUUAAGAAGAAGCGAGUUAUCAGCGUUCAGUAAAAUCAUCCGGGGCUCUUAAUGCCUAUUACUGCUUUAUGACUGUGUAUGGAGUAACUCCAGAGGGUUGAGCUUAAAUACAAUCUUAGAUUUUAAUUAACUCUCAGAGAUUGAUGAUAUUUAGCACCCUGGCUGAUAAAGAAACCAUGUUUGUGAGAGCUUUAAUGAAAACAGGACUUGUUUCUUGCAAAUGUUUGUACUCCCUUAAAAUCCUUUAAUAGUAUUUAUCACCAGAUGUGCUGAAAAAAAGACUGAACACUCAAAAUUUAAGUCUGGAGUUGAUCCUUUCGCCCAAGCUAACAAUAAAAACAGGACAUCGGCCACGUGUGCCAUUCAACCUCUGCCAGACUUGUAAUUGCACAUGCCAUAGAUAGCAGUCAUGUGUUUGUGUACACCAGGGUGAGCUCAGGGAGUGGAGUCCAUCCCUCUGGUGGCUUCACAUACAACAUGAGGAGGCACAUGGUCCUGGUGGAUUUGUGUCUCCAGGAUGGUUUUGUUGUGGCUGUUGAGCAACAGGAGCAGCUGUUGCCAUGCCAGCCAGACUAAUCAUACGACAGGCUUUGUGAGUAAUAAGCAGUGAAUUCUUAAAAAGUGGCUUUUAUUACGGUUCGGGUUCCACGUGGAGGCCUCUGGGGACAUCUUUGUUUCCCUGCAUUAAAUGGCCAACUAUUAGCUUCCAUUUGAUACACAUGUUGAGGGUAUGAGUCACUCUGAACAUCGGACAUACUGAAGGCCUGUCCUGACCUGCUCCGUGUCUCACAUGUGGCCACUUUGGUUUUUUAUUGUGAGUCAGAGGACACCAGAACACACGGCCCCCACCUUGUUUCCUAUCCCCUUGAGGGUGUCCUCGUCUUGACCAGCUCAUCCCGACGUUAGAUUGCUAAUAUUGAGAUCAGGCUUUGCUUUGUUCGGAAGAGCAUGAGAUGAGAUGAUCAGUCCGCUUUUGAUUGGGCGUCAGACUUCAUGUCUCAGCCUGGUGACUCGCUGGAUUAGGACACAGUCAGAUGUGAUUGGAGGCUUGUGAUGGUUUGGCCUAAAAACAGGUUGAACUACAGACAGGGAGCUGAUCUGCUCCGGCUCAGGUCAUGUGACCACAGCAGCCAUCUUGUGCCUUUACAUUAUAAUCAGAAUGUAAAUGCGUCGUUGAAGUCCAGAGUCUUGUAGAUGCUGUUUGCAGCAGAUAUUAGCAUCACAUGACAAUUUAACCUCACUGUAUUGAGGUUUUGUGAUCUGGGUCAUGUUGCACAAGCCUCUGUGUUCAUUAUGGAUGUAUGCAAUGAGCUUUGGUUUAUUAUAUGAAAGGUCUUGUUGUCAAGCUUGGCGAAUCAGAUGCAAAAUAUGGUUAGAUAUUCAAAAACGGCCUGAAAUGAACCUUUAAAUACGGCAAAGUGUGGUGAAGUUGCAGUUUCCAAACAAGAAAAAGCUCAUUUUUACUGCAGGAAACUAAACCCCUCUGCGCUUGGAUCUUCAGUCCUUGCUCUCAAAAGAAAACCUCACGUCCCAUGAGGUCUUUCUUACUGUUUAAGGCCGCCGGUUUAAUCCCCAUCCAGGAUCUGCUGUUGCUGUCCGCCCACCUCUUUCUCCAUCUGAAUGAUUUGAGUUUCUUGACUUUGACCCGGUCGUGGAUUUGAACGGCCACUCCUGAGUGCUCCUGCAGAGAAGGGGGGACAGAAAUGCAGCAGGGGGGUGGUGGUGGUGAGGAGGGCGUGGACACGGGGUCACAUUGGAGGAGGGGGAUGGAAGGCUAAAUGGGCUGAGGAAUGCAGCAACUUGCGGUGAUGACAAUUGAACCUCAAAAAGGUAUUCUAAAGCAGCGUUUGUUGACCUUUUUUACCACGAGGCCGCUGGCGGUUCUUUCGGAUAGCUGAUUAUAGUGCUGACAGUUAAUUUGGCAGGGGUCGCAAAAUUAAUCAGUGAUAACCGGAGUAUUGAUUAGCUGUCCUUAUGUCUGCCAGGGAGCUUAGUUUCUGCUUCUGGCUGAUUUUUUUUUUGCUCUUAAUCCAAGAAAUCUGACAGGUUUUUAUGAGAAAUUCAGUGCACACGGGCCAACAGUUGGGCUGUGAUUAGUUUCUGGCGUGGUGGUAAAUCCGGUAAUAAAUUAGGUAUUUACUACGUCUUAGUCGAUCGCCCCCUUCCCAAUAAAAAAAGACUUAGAACAGGAAAGGUGGCAUGGUUUAUUCCUGUUGGAGAUGCAUUCAUGGACUGGUCUCUCUCUCUUUUUUUAUUUAGAUAAAUCAACAGAGUUAGUCCUGAUUAUAGAGGACUCUGGUGAAAUAUUCAUAGCUCAGACUCAUUUGUUUAAAGAUAUUUAAGUAACAGCCUCCUCUUGAUGAAAAUUUCAUGUGCAUAUUAACCAGUAGUCUGAGUCAGACUGUUCUGCUGCAACCAGAAUCCAUCUGAAUAAAUCUGCAUGAAUCUUUAGCUCUUAAAAUCAAGAUAGAUAUUCAUACAAUUAGGUAUAGAUCGGAGUAUCAGUCAGUAUGCUUAUGAAGUUAAAAACAGUGAUGGGAAUAACGGCGUUGAAAAACACAGCGUUACUAACAGCAUUUUUUUUUUUCAGUAACGUAAUCUAACCAAUAACUAUUUUCAUUGUUGCAACACUGUUACCACCAAUUAAAUGAGGCGUGUUACAAACUACUCAGUGAAGCCGUUGUCCUCCAACUUUGCUCAUCUCAGCCACAAAGAAAGCUGCAAAUAAAUUACUGUAGUUUUUUUUUUUUUUAUGUUUUUUUUCCUUUGGUGAGAGGAGGGGGGUGACCCCACUAGUGAUGAUGAUUGACUACGGCAGAGUAAGAUUUCAUGCUAAGCCAAUCAGAGGCAGUGUUCUGUUUGUACACAAAUCACACACGCAGCAGUAGCCUCACACACUACACAAACUAGCCAAGGGAAGCUGCAGCAAUGGCGACUUUGGAGGGAAAGUUGGCGUUUUAAAGGGGAGGAACAGACACUAUUUUAACCUCCUUGAGGAAACCCCCACCAAUGACGGACUGUCUUUAGAAACCCGCUUCAAAAAAAAAAUCCAAAUUCUUCGACAUAUUAAAACAUUUUACUUUUAGAGUGGAGUAAUUCAGUUACUAACUCAGUGACUUUUUGGGAGAAGUAAUUAGUAACUAUAACCAAUUACUUUUUAAAAGUAACGUACCCCACACAGGUAAAAAAAGACCAUCACUUUUAUGAAUCAAUCAAUAAAAUAGCUUCUUGAAUUUGAAUGAAUAACAAAAGUAAACACUGGCGGUCUGUGUAGUCAGUUAGUCAAGACUGUAGGCGGAAUGUUGUUACACAGUUAAGACUUCAGGCAGAGAGAGGCGGCUGUGUAAGAGCUGAACGAGCGUGUUUUAGAAUAAAUGUAUUUUAUCCGCUAUCAGUUUAAAAAAAAUGGCCGAUGAAAAUUUUGUAAAAAUGCUAAAUAUCGGUGAUAUUAUCGGCCAUGCCGGUUGUUGGUCAACCCUUAGUACCAACUAAUAUCAAGGAGACUUUAACCUAAAGUUCAGUUAGCAAAAGAAGAAGGAGAAAGUGCAGCAGGAGGGUUAGGAGUGUAAAAGACAGCGGGCAUCGUUACAAGGAAGGAAGCUAAGUGGUAAAACUGAGAAAAAUUUUUUUUUUCUUCUUAUGAACUCAAUGACAAAUUCACAGCUGUGCACAAAUGUGUCAAAUUUAGUUUCCAGUGCUUGUUUGUGUGCUUCUUCCCACUCCAUGAAGCUGCCUCAAACAAUUCUCACACUCAGGUCAGUAAAAGGCAGUCUAAUGUUAAGACACGCUUUGAGUAUUUCAGAUUGGACACUGAAGCCACCUGAAACGUGUGUUUGCUGUUAGUCCUGAUGGGAGGACUGUUUACAGGGAGCUUUACACCGCUCGAUGACUGACGCUAUAAAACGUCUAGGAUAAGUAAAUGACAGAGAGCAGGGAGAGGGCAGAAAGUCUGCAGAUACACGUAACACAGACACCUCACAUUUUAUGUGGAUCAUGAGUGAAUGAAGUCACCAAGCCACUUCUCUAUAGGUCAUGACUUUGGGGUUAUUGGGCCUCUUUGUCUGAUGAGAUAGAAACGUAUUUGAAUAUGUAAACAGGUCUUUUUGAAUGAUAACUUUUAUUGUAUGAAAACUGCAGAGAUAGAGUUUGUGUUUUGUCAUAAAGGCAGAGGUAGGACUCGGCGGCAGCAGCAGCAGCAGAGCGGUGUGUGUAGGCCGACCUGGGAUUGUUGGAUGCCCGCUGUCUCCUCUACCCUCACUGCCCUGCUGCCCGGCUCAAGGCCCUGUGACUCUUGUCAUUGCAGGCAGACAAACGGGCACACCACAAUGCGCUGGAGCGCAAACGUAGGGACCACAUCAAAGACAGCUUUCACAGCCUCCGGGACUCGGUACCCGCCCUGCAGGGAGAAAAGGUUGGUAAAGCUCAGCCUGCAGGUCUGCCAGGCACACAAAAGGCUCAUGUAAGAAAUUUUUAUAUUAUGUUGUAUGUUUGAUAAAGGUGAAGUAUGAUGUUUUCAAGUUUUACUGCACAGAUAAGCUAAUUGAAAGACUUGUAGCUGCAGAUGUGUUGUCCUUGUUUUUGUUAGAGGAGGGUCACAGUGUUAGGGCCUGGGAGGAGGGCAGACGGAGAAGGACUGGCAGCAGCAAACAGCCGUGCAGUCUAAAUACUUGGAAGAGCCUCAGGAAGUUAUUAUGUGGAAAUUGAAUUGCACUCUUCCUGUUUUGACAUCCAUGACAUCGAGAAUGUUUGGAGCUGCUUCAGUAACUGGGGCAGGCGGCGUUUCAUUUUUCUAUAAAAGACCUUUUCUGACUGACGCAGCAUGAAGGGCGGGCAGAUGAAAUGAUGAGAGUGACGGCUUGAUGCUGAUGCUGAAGUGUGUGGUUACAUCCUCUGUUUUUUUCCCAGGACUGUACUGCUAAUAAAGGUUAGUUUUAAGACCGGACUGCGGUAUUUCUCUCUUAUGAGAGGAAAUUGAGAAGAAAAUGAGGAGGAUAUUAAAUAUGGGUGCCAAAAAGGAGACCAAAACAAGUCUGCAGGAUCAUGUCUACAAACUGUGUCAAACUUAUUUAGACUAAAAACUAACUUGAAAGUGAGUUAUUGACUUAAGUUCCUAGGUUUCAUGUCUUAUUUUGUAGUUUACACAGCAGAUAGGAACUUAAACCCUAAAUAACACUCAUUUUAUACAAAAGCAAAUUCUAAGAGUUGGUCUGUUUUUGCUCCUUUUCAUCAGCUUGUCCCUAAAAACUCCCUCUGCUUGUUUUCUUGGUUUAAGUUUUUUGUGCCUUGCAUUUGAAUGAACUAAAUAUCUCUGAGCUUGUUUCCUUUGAUUUGCACUGACUGUGUGUAAACAUGGACGCCACACCUCAUAUUCUCACACUGUAAAAACAAAGUUAAGCCAAAAUAUCACUAUAACAUGCAGAGAUAACUCAUAUUUGUGAAGUCAAGGUACGCACGGGAGCAGUCUGGCUGAUGGAGCCACAGCACCAAGGUCACACCCUUUAUGCCAACUGAAGCCCAUGAGUCAGAUGACAAAGAUCCCUCAGAUGUGUGCAGCUCAGAGCUGAAAUCUUUAGUCUGUUGAUUCAGAUCAGACACUCAUGUAGGGCUGGGGGACAUGUCAAUCAAGUUGAUCAGCUUUGUGGUUUUGUUGGAUUUACAAAUGCAAAUCAAGAUUUUGCAGAGACAAACAUACAAACAGCAGCAUGACUGUUAGUGUGAGUGAAGGGUUCACUUCCUCAAAAGGCUCAGUCUUAUUAGUUGUUUUAAACCACAGUGGUACCAUUCAUGUCUUUGUUAGUCUUAGUUUUAUUCUAAGGAGAAAAAGAAAAACAGGGAAAAAAAUGCUACUCAAGGUUGUGUAAAGUAAAAUUGUCUCCUUUUGACCUGCUGAUCUAGUUGAAAACGCCACCUCUCAUCUGCUACAAUAUAGCAGGUGGACUUCAAGACCUAUUCUGCACCCAGCCACUAGGGAAGCUCUAAAGAUUUUGGCUUCACUUUGAGGGAACUCAUGAGCCGUCCAUGUUUUCAUCAAGUUUGUGGUUUUCAGAGCCAAAAAGCAACUAGAGAGUGUGCACGAGAAAACUGUGAUCAUAGACCAAACAUAGAUGAUGACUUAAAGGUUAACACAGGGGGAGGUCCAUGUUUUGGCUUCUAUAUCGAGGUUUUAGGAUUGAAGUAAAUCUCACUCAUGCUGCUCUUCAGUCAGAGGAUGGUCAUGGACACAGGAGGGAAAAUAAACUCCUGUCGUCUUUAAUCAGCUGCUCGCUAACUGUCUGCAGCAGUCCUGUUUGCUGUCAUCAAAGCGACACAGUGACUGUAGUGUGUUGGGGUCGUGACCUGGGCUCUGAAUGUCAGACUAGAGAGCUGGAGGAUUUUCAGAGGUUAAGAGGGAGCCAAGCUGUGCACCAGCACUCACUGUUGUCCCAGAUUUCCCUGAUAGUGUCAGUGCAGUUGUUUUAGCGUGUUAUCCUCCAGGCCUGUAUCUGUUGCAUCAUACUUAAGCACUGCAGUUUUUUUAUAUAUAUGUAUAUGUGUGUGUGCGUGUGUGUGUGUAUUAAAAUGUGAUAAAGACUGUAUACUGGCGUCAUUGCUUCAAUUUUUGCAUGUGUCACUAACAGCAGUCUACCAAACAGGCGUCUCGAGCUCAAAUCCUAGACAAAGCCACAGAGUACAUCCAGUACAUGAGACGAAAAAACCACACACACCAGCAGGACAUCGACGACCUGAAGAGGCAGAACGCUCUGCUCGAGCAACAAGGUAAACGCGGCGUCUGUUUCAGCCUACAAGAAUGUUUAUUUGGGUUUUCACUGCUAAACUGCUUCCCUGUCUUCCCAUGUCUUGUGUGUCUUCAGUCCGCGCUCUGGAAAAGGUUAAAGGCUCUGCUCAGCUCCAGGCCAACUACUCCUCGUCCGACAGCAGCCUCUACACAAACCCCAAAGGCAGCGCCGUGUCUGCGUUCGACGGCGGCUCCGACUCCAGCUCCGAGUCGGAGGCCGAGGAGCCGCCUAACAGGAAGAAGCUGCGCGUGGAGGCCAGCUAGAGAGCGGGGCCCUUUAAAAACCCUGGCCAAGGUCGAGGGGGCGGGGCAUUAGGGAGGGGUGAGAGGGAACAGCCUCCACAGCUUCCCAGGCUGAUCGAAAACCCCCUCCCUGCUUGCCAUCCACAUCCUCUUCAUCCUCCUCCUCCUCCUCCAUCACCUCUCUCUCUGCCAUCUCUGAGUGGGCUCGCACUGGAGACUCAUAACCCCUCAAACCUCCUCUCACCUCUGCCCUUACUUGAUCUCCAAAAACCAGGCAGGAGGAUGUCAGCCGGGUGGAAGAAGACUUCAGGUCCUGUAGAGAGCUUCAGGUUUUUCUCCUCUCCUCGCCCUUUUUCUGAUCUCUUGUUUUGUCCAUCAGCGGCAACGUCAACAAUCCAAAACCCAAAAAGAGGCAGCUUGGCUACUUAAGGACUGGAUGCUUUUUUUGUACCCUCCUUCCCCCCCAUUUCCUCCUUCUCCUCCUCCUCGCCCUCCUUUGGUUGUUUUUUGGGGGAGAAAGGGCGCUUCAGGCCUACUCCUCCAAGCACUGCUAUAUUAUAUAUUUUUGUUUAAUCUUUUGUUAUUCUUGAUGAGAACCUGUUUAGAUUUUACACACACACACAGACACACACGCUCACACACACAGAGACACACACACCUAGAAACAUGGUCCAGGAGAAGUUUACCUUUUUAAAAUGAAAAGAAAAAAAAAACAUUUCUAGCUUACUUUUUUUCCACUCAAGAAUGUGAAGACGCUUUGAAGCAAAUGUUUAGUGAUACCCACCUCAGGCCCACUGGAUCGCAGAUGUUUUUCUGCCUGGCACGUUUGUGAAACACAAAGUGAAUUAAAACAAAAAAAAAGAAAAGAAAACUUGCCUCCUUUGUUGAAAAUUGAUGGUUUGAAGGAGAAUAUUCCUAAACUCGUAUCGUAUUUCGUCCGUUAGCUUGAAGUAGUGAAUGACUUUAGGUGGCUGAAUACGUUAGGCAUCUCGUUUUAUAUAUAUGAUUAAAAAGAAAAAAAGAUUUGAUUGGAUGUUUUCAAGUUCUAAAAGUAUGUUAUGCAUUUUGUAGUAAUCUCACAAGUAUCAUGGAGAAAUGCCAAUUUGUCACAUGUAGAUUUCCUUAAGGGUUUGAACUAGGUAUUGAAUGUCAAAGGUAGCUCCCGUCUUUUGCAGUACAAGAAGGCGAAACGGGUCCCUGUUCAUGUGUUGUGUUUUACACAGUGAAAAUCAAUGUUGCUGAAUCCCCCGAGGAAAAAAAGGAAGCGAUUAGCUCGUCUAGGAAACGUGUGUGUAUGUAUAUGGUUUCCAUUUUAUUUCCAUUUAGGAGGAUAUAAUUAGUGUACUAGGUCUUUGUUUGUCCGAUUCCAUUCCAUGGAAAUUACAAGUAUGUUGUACAUACUGCCAACAAUUGUCUUGCAAGUUGAGGCCUACCUUUACUAUGAGACUAUAAAAUAAACUAUUUUAUCCUUUAACCUG